ACAUAUAAACCUCCACGCUCCGUCUUCUUUAACAUUAAUGUCUUUAUACUUUAUUCUUUCAUACAAACACACCCUCUCCCUCUCCUCGAAAUUAUCACACUCCUCUUCGCUAGCAAACCAUGUCGGUUCCGACGACGGCGACGCCAGAUAAUUUCCACUCAGAAGAAGAAACGAGCAGCACAACCUCAAACCAUCAUCAUAAUCAUCAGUACUAUCAAUACACCAGUGAGAUCGAGGAAGAGAAUUCAGGCGAGCUUUUCGAGAUCAACCAUGGCGAUGAGCCAUUGGAAUCCAUCAAAGAAGAAGUAUUCUCUUUGGACGUUGAGAGCCGAGGAGAGGAUUGUGUUUAUGUUGGUGUAGGGAAGAGCGAGUCAAGCAUGGAUGCACUUUCAUGGACUUUGAAGAACCUUGUUAAUGGCGAUUCCACAAUGAUUUAUCUCAUCCAUGUCUUCCCUGAGAUUCAUCACAUACCUUCUCCAUUGGGUAAGCUUCCAAAAAAUCAAGUGAGUCCUGAACAGGUGGAGAUUUACAUGGCUCAAGAAAGAGGCAAGAGAAGAGAACUCCUUCAAAAGUUCAUCCAUUUGUGUUCUCAAUCUAAGGUUAAGGUGGACACCAUACUUGUAGAGAGUGAUAUGGUGGCAAAGGCGAUACUGGACCUCAUUCCCAUUCUCAAUAUAAAGAAGCUAGUGCUUGGAACCUCCAAGUCCAGCCUAAGGAAACUAAGGGCUAGAAAAGGAAGUGGGAUAGCUGAUCAGAUACUUGCAAGUCCAUCGGAGUUUUGUGAAAUCAAGAUCAUAUGUGAAGGAAAAGAAGUGGCUGAUAAUCAGACGGCUGGAUCACCCUCACCAUCACCACGUCCUGGUGGUGAUGCAACUGCCAAUCCAAUCCAAUUGCAAGAUCAACCUGGUACUAAUGAUUCAUUUUCAUGUAUGUGUUUUAAAUCCCCUCGAGUCAUGUAAUAAUAUCAUAAUUAAUUUACAGUUAUUUUCUGUUAUUUGACUGGUAAUUGAGCAACCGAAUAUUUGUCCUGUAAUGGAACAAUUUAUGGAUGAUGGUAAUCUCACAUCAAUUUUUAUAAAAUUAUAUAAAAUUUUAAUUUUUUUA